AUCUUUGCAAACUUUGUUUUUGGAUUUUGAGUUUACUGUGCUCUGGCAGCAAUUCCCCAUGUCGGAAACGGCUCCUACAGAGACGGCCGCGCCAGCGCCGGUGGAGAAAUCCCCUGCCAAGAAGAAGGCAACUAAGAAGCCGGCGGCUGGGGGCGCGGCCAAACGUAAGGCAUCUGGGCCUCCGGUGUCUGAGCUCAUCACUAAAGCUGUGGCUGCUUCCAAGGAGCGCAACGGUCUUUCUCUAGCCGCGCUCAAGAAGUCGCUGGUGGCCGCGGGCUACGAUGUGGACAAGAACAACAGCCGAAUCAAGCUGGGUCUCAAAAGCCUGGUGAGCAAGGGCACCCUGGUGCAGACCAAGGGCACCGGUGCGUCGGGCUCCUUUAAGCUGAACAAGAAGGCGGUGUCCGGGGAAGCCAAGCCCAAAGCCAAGAAAGCGGGCGCGGCUAAGCCCAGGAAGCCAGCAGGGUCCACCCCCAAGAAGCCUAAGAAGAGUACCGGUGCCAAGAAAGCCGUGAAGAAGACCCCUAAGAAGGCGAAGAAGCCCGUGUCCACCAGUGUCAAGAAGGUGGCAAAGAGCCCCAAGAAGGCCAAGGCUGUCGCAAAGCCCAAGAAGACGGCCAAAGGUCCGGCCAAGCCCAAGGCUAUGAAGCCUAAGGCAGCUAAGCCCAAAGCCACCAAACCCAAACCAGCCAAGCCCAAAGCUGCGAAAGCCAAGAAGUCGGCUCCAAAAAAGAAGUAGGAAGGAAGCUCGCCUUUCUAAAGGCUACAAAACCCAAAGGCUCUU